GAUAGUCGUGUCAUUAUUAGAAGUAAGUAGGAAAUAAAAAAAAAAACGAACAACAAAUCUCAACAAAUUUUAAAGUCGAAAAAAGAAUGGAACAUCAUAUAAAAAUGUUAUUUUAUCUCAGCAUUUUAACUAUAUUAGUAGCCAAAUGUAGCGCCGAUUUCAGUAGUGCCGAUUGUCGUCAAUUAGGAUUUAUAAAGCCACACUUGAUGUGCUCAUCUUGCGAUAAAUUGGAAACAUUCGGUUUAAGCGAAUUAAAAGAGCAUUGCCAAGAGUGUUGCGAAAAAGACGAUGUGUCAUCAAUCACAAAGCGAUUCCCGAAAGCAAUUUUAGAAGUGUGCACAUGUAAAUUCGGGGCGUAUCCACAGAUCCAAGCCUUUUGUAAGAGUGAUCGACCAUCAAAAUUCCCAAAUUUGACCAUUAAAUAUUUGCGUGGUGCUGAUCCCAUCGUGAAAUUACUCGAUGAAAAUGAUAAUGUUGUAGAAACACUCUCAAUUAACAAAUGGAACACCGACACAGUUGUAGAAUUCUUUGAAACUCAUCUUUACAAAGAAGAUAACGAUUAUCUACGAACGAAUCGCAUUUAAGAAAUAAAAAAAAAAACAUUUUUUUUUGUAAAUUUUGAAGACACCGAAUAAAACAUAAUAUAUUGUGAAUUUUAACGGCAAAA